CACGGGCUGUGCGCUGGGGUCCUCGGCAAGGGGAGGCCCCUGUGCUCACCAGCCGGGAGAGCAGCGGCGGCUGCGGCGCGCAAGUCUCGGGCCAGCGGGGAGCGGCAGCACCGAGGGAGACCUUGGAGGUGCUGGGAGGCAUGGACUGUGAGCACACAGCAGUUCCACAAGUCACAUUUCAUGGCAGGAGUCCAGCUGUGCCUUAACCUGGCAAAGGAAAAGGGUAGGAUCAGACAGAUCGGGGAUUGCCCAUGAGUGGAGGGCCUUGGAGACCAGAGCCCAGUCAUCAGCAAGCAGGGUGAGGACAGCAUGAUGGUGGACAGUCCUGCAGAAUGCGGCCAGGGCAGGGCAGAGUUUGGCAGAGUCUUUGCUGGUUUUGUGCCCACAGAGCUGGCAGCAGUGGCAGAAAUCAGCAAGCUUGCGCCUGUACUGAGAGACCGCAGGCCCAUGGCAGCUGCUGGUGCCACCACUCUGAUCUGUGGGGACUGUGGCAAGAGCUUUGCCAGGAAGUCAGACUUCAAAGUGCACCAGCGGAUCCAUACGGGCGAGAGGCCCUACAAGUGCUCCUACUGCAGCAAGGGCUUCUACCAGGCCUCCAUGGUGCGGCGGCAUGAGCGCACACACACUGGCGAGAAGCCCUACCGCUGCUCUGUGUGUGAUAAGUCCUUCGCCCGCUCCACCUCGUUAUUGAUCCACCAGAACACUCAUACCGGCGACCGGCCAUAUGAGUGUCCCUUCUGCGAGAAGACCUUCUCUGACCCCUCCACCCUGCUCCAGCAUCGCAAGAUGCACAUGGGCCUCAAGCCCUUCCAUUGCGGCAUCUGCAACAAGUCCUUCAGCCAGUCAUCCAGCUUCACCUUCCAUCGGGCUACUCACACCAAUGACCGCCCCUUUGUCUGCUCCGAGUGCGGCAAGGCCUUCAUCCGCUCCACUGCCCUGCUCAAGCACCGGCAGACCCACGUCCAGAAGGCCUUUCGCUGUGGGGAGUGCGGCAAGGUUUUCCCCAAACUCUCAGGCCUCCGCUCCCACCAACGGAUGCAUGCCCAAGGCCACCGGAUAGAGAUGGAGUUGAGAGAGGAGGAGCGGAGCUGCUGGGAUGUUCCCACGCUGAGGUUCCAAGCCCAUGACCCUCUGCCCCAGGACUGUCCCCUCCCCAGAUUGGCUGUGCAGCCGGAAUCCAGCUCCCUCUUACUCCCCCCAACCAUGAGUCCCUAUACCCACCCCACCUCUAAAUCUGAGAUCCUGAAAGUAGAUAUUCAGAAGCAGAAGUGGAAAAUGGCAAGCAUAGAAUGCUCUGAGAGACUGGACCAGGAAUACCCCAGCAGCAGUUUGGCUCAGGAAUCCUAUGGGGACAGAAAGAGGACCAUGAACACAUGGUGUGAAAAUGAUGAAGGCGAUGAGGAGGAGGAAGCUGAGGAAAGCGACAGUGAUCAUUUUGGGAACGGCAUGCAGAAGGACCAAGAUCCGGUGUCCAGCAGCUCCAUGCCGAAAGACAGCAUGGCAGAGGACCUUCUGUGUGAGGAAGACAAGGUCUUUUAUGAGACCUUCACCCUUAUCAAUGCCAACGGCGUGGCCAAGAAGUUGAACAUGAUGGUCAGUCUUCGCACCAAGAGUGAUGAGGGCGAUGAGGAAAGCAACAAGGAGACGUUGUGUCAGAAGUGGCAUAGCCGGCCAGUGAGGAAGCCUGCUGUUCUUCGGCGCAGCCCGCAGGGCAUAAAGCACUUUGGCAGGGUGCUGCCAAGCUCAACCGAGUACGUGGACACUGUGGUUACCCUGGACAGUGAUUUGGAUGACCCAGCCAGGGACAGCCUGCCGUGCAAUGGCAUGGAAAGCAUCAAGAGCUACGUGACCAGGAAAGUAGACGGUGGAGUGUUCCCAGGAAAUCCAAGUAUGGACUUCAGCAAGCCAGGGGGGAGCAAAGAGUUUCCCCUGAAAAGCAAAAGAGGGGUGAAGUGGCUGAACCCGAAAGCUGCCAACAAGCCAGCCGAGAUAGUGGGAAGUGUCGCAGCCCUGAAAGCAGCCACGGUGAGGAGGAUCAGGAUUGGGAUGCAGCAGGUGGGCAGCAGCGAGGUGGAGGAGCGGCCUUACAAAUGCAUGCAGUGUGGACGGGCCUUUAAGAAAUCCAGCAACCUCCUGAGCCACAUUGACACGCACAGUGGGGCCAAGCCGUAUGCCUGCGAGCUGUGCAGCAAGGCCUACUCGCACCAGGGCACACUGCAGCAGCACAAGCGGUUGCACACAGGCGAGCGCCCCUACAAGUGCCCGUUCUGCAUCAAGGCCUACACCUGGUCCUCGGACUACCGCAAACACAUCCGCACGCACACCGGCGAGAAGCCCUACAAGUGCCUGGACUGCGAGAAGGCCUUUGUGCGCUCCUCGGACCUGCGCAAGCAUCAGCGCAACAUGCACAGCAAUGACAAGCCUUUCCCUUGCCAGGAAUGCGGCAAGACCUUCAAUAAGCCACUGUCGCUACUGCGCCACCAACGCACCCACCUGGGUGAGAAGCCUUUCCACUGUCCUGACUGUGGCAAGGAGUUUGCCGUGGCCAGCCGCAUGGUGGAGCACCAGCGGAUACACACGGGCGAGCGUCCCUUCUCCUGUGCCAUCUGCGGCAAGUCUUUCACCAAGUCCUCCAACCUCUUUGAGCACCAGACGCUGCACACUGGUGAGCGCCCCUUCAAGUGCUCUGAAUGUGGCAUGGCCUUCGCUCAGUCCUCACGCCUCAUCCGCCACCAGCGCAUCCACACCGGUGAGCGGCCCUUUGCCUGUGCCGAGUGUGGGCAGGCCUUCGCCCGCUCCUCCACCCUCAAGAGGCACCAGCAGAUCCAUAGUGGGGAGAAGGCCUACCUGUGCUCAGACUGCGGCAAGGCCUUCCGCCAUGCCUCGCAGCUUACCCAGCACAUGCGGGUGCAUACGGGGGAACGGCCCUACCAGUGCGCCCAGUGUGGCAAGGCCUUCACUCAGUCCACCCACCUCAUCCGCCACCAGGCCAAGCAUGGUGCCAGCAAUGGGGAGCCGUUCUCCUCUUCUGAUGAGUGAGUCCCUCCCUGGUGGGGCAGCUGGACACCAGGCACUCAACACACCUGUCUUCUGAGGGGCCAAAUACAACAGACCUGGGCUUCAUAGGUAGAGCAAAUAUGAGAGAGGGUUUGUAUGCAAUAUGGAGCAGGCACCACUCUCUGACCAAGUUGCUUGUUGACUAGAAGAGGAGAUCUGCAAGUGCUUUUCUUCAUAAAUGCACACGAAAGGACCCAGCCAGAGCCCACCUGUGACAGGGGAUGAGGAGAGAGAUUAUGAAGAAUACACCCACCUUGUCAUCUGUCCAGGCACCAAGUUCAGCUGUUUACCAAGAUCUUCCUGCUGGACAAAAGUUCAAGAGCACAUUGCAAACUGACUGACACUCCAUAGCUGUUGCUCCUUCAUGGGCCCUCAUGCCAAUUCCUGCUGCCCCUUCAAGUGUAGUUCUACUCUGAAAAGGGACUAGGUAAGAAAAUGGAAGAUCUGCUCCCAGUACAUGUGUUCAGAGUUGCAUCUGACACAACACUACUUUUUACUCCUGUUUGCCCUGCAGAGCCAAGUCAGCUAACGGAACUGAAGUCUAUUCCUGCCUGUGUGUCCUUAACAGAAUGAUAAUGAGGAACUGGUCUACAUGUAGAAAUCAUACUAGUUUCACUAAAUAGAUUUAAAAAUACACUUUUGGUUAAAGUGAUGCAAGUCUGCAUGUAGACAAGACAUAUGUUCCAUGCAGUUCAUGUGAAACACCUUGGAAGGAAACAGGAUGGAAUAGGGAUCACUUAGGUUAUGGUUUAUAUGUAGAGUCUCUGUUACUGGUGAUAUACCUAUCUCAUAGAACUGGAAGGGACCCUAAAAGGUCAUUGAGUCCAGCCCCCUGCCUUCACUAGCAAGACCAAGUACUGAUUUUGCCCCAGAUCCUAAGUGGCCCCCUCAAGGGCUGAACUCACAACCCUGGGUUUAGCAGGCCAAUGCUCAAACCACUGAGCUAUCCCUCCCCUGAUGCAGAAGGAAAAAGCCCUUCUUGACUCUCAGAGUCCAGGUUGUGUGUAGGGUGA